AUGCUUACACCCAUAGAGAUGCUCUGCAAAUCUCAUCCUUCAGAAUUCAUAUCAUACUUUCAUUAUUGUCAAUCAUUGCGGUUUGAUGACAAACCGGAUUAUUCGUACCUGAAGAGGCUUUUUCGGGACCUGUUUAUUCGAGAAGGUUAUCAGUUUGAUUAUAUAUUUGACUGGACUAUAUUAAAGUAUCCGCAAGUGGGCUCCAGUUCCAGAGGACGGCAGCCCAAUGGAAAAUUAGCUUUGAACCCAGGACCAUCUGUGGAAAAUACAGAGAAGACCCCAGUGAAGCAAGAGUUUCGAGAUAGAUUCUCUGGUGCAGUUGGGGCAUUUGCCAGAAGGAGUGGCUCUGGUGGUGGCUUGCAUGGGGAUCACUCGAGGCACAGGCCUUCAGAAGAUAUACCAUCAUCAAAGGAAGUGCGAGUUGAUUCUCAAAGAGGUCGCAUCUCUAGGCCCAGCAGUGCCUCAAAGAGAGCUGUUGUGUCAAGCAGCCGGCCAAGUUCCUCUGGUGAACCUAGUGAAAAUAGACCUAGUCGUCUGGGCUCCAGCAGUGGUCGGUUGUCCACUUCCCAAAGGAUCCAACCUGGGAUCGAGUCCAAAUCAUCAUCAUUCACUCGAGCUGCAGCCACAAGAGGCGAGCGUGAUGAUACUCUUCGAAGCUUCGAGCUACUAACCAUUGGCACGGGGAGGAGGAAAUAAGGGGGUCUGCUUAUAUCGGGACAGAUUCCUCUCUGGCACUUUUAUCGAUUGCAACGCCCUAUUUCUCUUAGCUCAGAUCGCUAUUAUACACCAUCAUCUCUCCUUAGAACAUGCUAAAAACUUUGUUCCUUGGUGGUUCUUGCUAAAGGAAGAAAUCAAAUAUCUCUCUUACAGUAAAAAAAAUUGCUUAUAUUCUGAAACGAGGUAAUCGUAAUAAAAUACUCUUAGAUUUGAAACCAUGGCCUGUGAUUUGUGGGUGUGUACUCUGUGAUUUGUGGAUG